AUGGCCGAGCUACAGCCAGAGGUGCAGCAGGACCAAUCGGGGAACCGGGCCCGGCCACACGCAGGAGGGCAGCAGGAGCCGCCCGGGGGAGAGCAGCAUGAGCUGCCAAGGGAAGAGCAGCACGAGCUGCCGGCAAGGGAGCAGCAAGCAAGGGAGCAGCAAGCGGUAGAAGUGGAGAUGGCCGAGCUACAGCCAGAGGCACAGCAGGACCAAUCGGGAAACCAGGCCUGGCCACAGGCAGGAGGGCAGCAGGGGCCGCCCGGGGGAGAGCAGCAUGAACUGCCAAGGGAAGAGCAGCAGAAGCCGCCGGGGGUGGGGCAGCUGCCGGAGCGGGAGCAGCAAGCGGUGGAUGUGGAGAUGGCCGAGCUACUGCCAGAGCUGCAGCAGGACCAAUCAGGGAACCAGGCCCGGCUGCAGGCAGGAGGACAGCAGGAGAUGCUGGGGGAAGAGCGGCAGGAGCUGCCAACAGGAGGGCAGCUGGAGCUGUUGGGGGGAGGGCAGCAGGAGCGGUCGGAGGGGGAGCGGCGGGAGUUGCCGGCGCGGGGGCAGCUGGAGGUCGCUAGUGCGGACUCUACUAGCCAAGCGAAGAGAACCCGGGCACGGGGCCGAGGCGGGAGACGACACGCCCGUAAGACGCAAGGGCGGACUGGAAGCGGUGCUGCCGCACAGCAGGCGGAGGGGCAGCCGGGGGCGACCGAGACACCCCCGGGAGCCCCGCGGGUGGGGGGGCAGCCCCGGGUGCCUGGGGCGCCCCAAGGAGAGCAGCAGCCAGGGGGGCAGCCGGGGGUGACCGGAGCACCCCAGGGAGAGCAACAGGCAGGAGGGCAGCCGAGGGUGCCCCGGGCACCCCAGGGAGUGCAGCACGCAGGGGGGCAGCCGAGGGUGCCCAGGGCACCCCAGGGAGUGCAGCAGGCAGGAGGGCAGCAGGGGGUGCCCGGGGCGCCCCAGGGAGUGCAGCAGGCAGGAGGGCAGCCGAGGGUGCCCGGAGCACCCCAGGGAGUGCAACAGGCAGGGGGGCAGCCGGGGGUGCCCGGGGCACCCCAGGGAGUGCAGCAGGCAGGAGGGCUGCCGAGGGUGCCCGGGGCACCCCAGGGAGUGCAGCAGGCAGGUGGGGAGACGGGGGUGCCCGGAACACCCCAGGGAGUGCAGCAGGCAGGAGGGCAGCCGAGGGUGCCCGCGGCACCCCAGGGAGUGCAGCAGGCUGGAGGGCAGCCGAGGGUGCCCGGAGCACCCCAGGGAGCGCAGCAGGCAGGGGGGCAGCCGGGGGUGCCCGGGGCACCCCAGGGAGUGCAGCAGGCAGGUGGGGAGACGGGGGUGCCUGGAACACCCCAGGGAGUGCAGCAGGCAGGAGGGCAGCCGAGGGUGCCCGGGGCACCCCAGGGAGUGCAGCAGGCAGGAGGGCAACCGAGGGUGCCCGGGGCACCCCAGGGAGUGCAGCAGGCAGGGGGGCAGCCGGGGGUGCCCGGAGCACCCCAGGGAGUGCAGCAGGCAGGAGGGCAGCCGAGGGUGCCCGGAGCACCCCAUGGAGUGCAGCAGGCAGGAGGGCAGCCGAGGGUGCCCGGGGCACCCCAGGGAGUGCAGCAGGCAGGAGGGCAGCCGAGGGUGCCCGGGGCACCCCAGGGAGUGCAGCAGGCAGGUGGGGAGCCGGGGGUGCCCGGAGCACCCCAGGGAAUGCAGCAGGCAGGGGGGCAGCCGGGGGUGACCGGAGCACCCCAGGGAGAGCAGCAGCUAGGGGGGCAGCCGGGGGUGACCCGAGCACCCCAGGGCGAGCAGCAGGCAGGGGAGCAGCCGGGGGUGACCGGAGCACCCCAGGGAGUGCAGCAGGCAGGAGGGCAGCCGAUGGUGCCCGGGGAACCCCAGGGAGUGCAGCAGGCAGGAGGGCAGGGAGUGCAGCAGGCAGGAGGGCAGCCGAGGGUGCCCGGAGCACCCCAGGGAGAGCAGCAGGCAGGGGGGCAGCCGGGGGUGACCGGGCACCCCAGGGAGCGCAGCAGCCAGAGGGGCAGCCGAGGGUGCCCUGGGCACCCCAAGGAGCGCAGCAAGCAGGGGGGCGAUCGAUGGACGACCAGGAGCAACAGUUGGAGGAGUGGUGUCGACUUUUGGAGGGCCGCUGCGAACCACAUGAGGGUAUGCCGGGCGGCUGAGGCGGAGAGGCGUGCACAGGCUCUCGGCUCGAUUCCGUCUCUGGUGGAGAUCGACACGCAGGAGCGAUCGACGCCGCGGGAAUUUGGGGACGAGGCGUGGGCUGGGGUUACGUCAUGGGAAUGGGAAACUUUUUUCAGUGUGGAGGCGGUUGGAGGGAGGACAGUGCGCCGGAUCCCACAGCGGGCCAGGCAUAGGUCAGAAGGCGCUGAUCACAGAGCGGUUGGGUGCGUUCUGGGAGGGGAGGUGGCGGGAGCUGUUCGACUCUGCCAUGGUGGCGGCGCGGCCAGCAGUUCGCCCACUUUCCUACACUUGCUCUGA